CGCUUCCGCCUUCACGGUACCGUCAACACUCUGCCCUUGACUGACCCACGUGAGACAGUCGGCUUCCUGACCUCAUGCUCAACCGGCAGCCUGCUAAACUAACGGGCGGGAUUCAGAGACACGCCAACCCCGGGCCGCGCAGAUAUCCGCCCGUUUCAGCCCCGGAGACCGCUGCCCCGAGGCGGUAGCUGACCCACGAUGUCCUGUAACAGCAGGUCGCUGCUGUUUCUGCUGCGGCGGUGUGUCGCGGCCCGGCAGGCGGCGUUAGCGACGGGCGUCGCAGCGAGAGGCGGCGCGCUGGCGGGCAGCUGCGGCGUCGUCCAGCGGCGAACGUGGGCGUCGGCGGCCCGGGCCGCCCGCGUGCCGAGACUCUGCCGGCCCCUGUCCGCGGCGGGACCCAGCCAGCUCGGCCUCUGCACCAAGGCUCCAGGACCUUGUGAGGAUGAAUACCCACCUCUGCCGGCCUACCGGUCGGACUCGGAACCAGAGAAGAAGGAGGUGUACAUCGUGCAGGUGAAAGGUCUCCCGUGGUCUUGCUCGGCUCAGGACCUCCUGCAGUUCUUCUCCGAGUGCAGGAUCCGUGACGGGGUGAAGGGGGUCCACCUCACCACAGACAGACUGGGGAGGCCGUCGGGACGAGCCUUCAUCGAGAUGGAGCACGAGGCGGACGUCAGCAAAGCCCUGGAGAAGCACCGACAGUACCUCGGCCCGCGAUACGUCGAAGUGUACGAAGUGACGAACAGUGACGCUGAAGUCAUCCUGAAGAAGGCCAUCCAGGCCCCAGCUGACAAACGGGUGGUGCGGCUCAGGGGCCUCCCCUUCACCUGCGUCGAGGCCGACAUCGUCCACUUUUUCUCAGGUUUGGAUAUAAUGGAGAAUGGGAUCACCAUCGUCACAGACCACAGAGGACGAAAGUCUGGGGAGGCCUUUGUGCAGUUUUCCUCCCAGGAAGCAGCCGACGAAGCUCUGCAGAGAGACAGAGAGGUCAUCGGAAACCGAUACAUCGAGGUGUUUCCCAGCAGAAGUGACGAGAUUCAUUCUAGUUGGAGGAGGAGGCCGAGGUCGGCUCCCCCUCAGACCGGCCCCCAGCCGGCGGACAGGACUGCCUCCGCCUCACAGUCCAGCCCCAGAAGUGGGUCCCCCCAGAGCUCAGCCGCGUCGCUCCAUUACAUCCAUAUGAGAGGUCUUCCUUUCCAGGUGUCCGGAGAAGACAUCGUGAAGUUCUUCUCUCCUCUGGUGGUGUCUAAGAUCCUGAUUGAAUGUGGUCCUGACGGGAUGCCGAGCGGCGAGGCCGACGUUUACUUCAGCUGCCACCAGGACGCCGUGGCCGCCAUGUCCAGAGACAAAAUGCACAUAGGAGAAAGAUACAUGGAGUUAUUCCUGAACUCUGUACCAGGCUCUGAUGGGAGGUGAAUGCUGACGCACACGCAAAGGACUAUUGUAUUUAUUCUCCGGCCUGGAGUGGAUAUCGAACAAUAAACAUUCCUGGUGUCAAAGAAA